AUGGCUCCCUCAAGGGCAAAGGCAACGACCUUGCCAUUCCUCCUCGCCAUGAUAUUUGGCGUAUUGCUGUGCAUUCUCGCAGCACCAGCCCAGGCCUCUUCCCCAUCACAACCUUCGCCAUCGGAGGAUGUUGAGCUCAUCUGCCACACCUCCAACCCAGACGAAUGUUAUCCCCGCGUGUUUCAACCAACGGACGAGUUCCAGACCGUUCGCGAAGACCAGGAACUCCCCAACGGCCUCCACGUCCGCCUCAACAUCUGGACGGGCGAGAAGGAGGCCAAGAUUAAUGUUCCCGACGAGAUCGAUCCCUCGCUGGAGGGCCUGUCUGUGGAACAAGCCGUUGUCGUGGUGGAUCCUCAAGAGCCCGACGCCCCUCCUGUCCCCAGAGGCGCGCCGAAGUAUGAGACAGCGGGCAAGAUCAAGGAGCCGAAACCGGAAUUUGAGGCGGAGCCUUUUUUCCAGGCCGUGAAGAUGUUGAAGAGCGGCGGUAGCCACGAGGGCAAGGCGUUUGAUGUCGCGUUGGAAGGGAUGGAGGACCUUUCUCACGACAUCUACUACGGUCUUAAGAUUACCGAGGACCCGGCCGUAUUGAAGGGGUUGUUCUGUUUAAUGGCUGAUCAGGGAGUUCCCUCGACCGAUGGCGCCACCCCUCGGGACCAGCAAGCGGCGGCCAUCCUCGCCGGCGCGCUGCAGAACAACCCGACUGCCCUGAAGGAGGUAACCAAGGAAUGGUCGAACAUCAUGGAGUUCAAAUGCCCCCAGAAUGGCAAGCCUUUGAGCGAGACCUUCUACUCCAGCUUCAUGCCGUCCAACCCCGUUACUGGCGAGGACGCAAAACUCCCCGCCUCCAAGGCCAAGGCCAAGGUGGCCGCCAUCAACGGCCUCAUCAAGAGCGACUCCGUCAGGGCCGACUUCCUGAAGAGCGCCGGCAUGCGGAACCUCCUCGAGGUGCUGGUUCCCGAGGGCAAGGAGUGGGCGACGGCGCAGCGAAAAGUCGGCCAACUAGUCCUCGACACCUUCCUGGACGAGGACAUGGGCGCGAAGCUGGGCCAGUGGCCUAACACGCCCAAGUCCAGCGAUGCCCAGUGCAGCACGGCCGACGGCCAGACGGACGAGGGCUGCUGGGACUACCACGUGGAAAGGAUAAUGAAGGCGAACAAGCGGGACAGCGGCCACUGGAGCAAGGACCUGCAUAACCGGCUGGCCGUGGCACGAAAGAGCGGGAAGGUUGCGCCUAGCUCAACCAUCCUCCCCUUCACGCCGCUGAUCCUCCUCCCCGCGCUCUCGCACCUCGCGUCCGUCUGCGCGCACUGCCUCAAGCCCGGCACGCCCCGUGCCUGCUCGCGCUGCCACGCGGCCGCCUACUGCGACGCCGCGUGCCAGAGCGCCGCCUGGUCCGCCGUCCACUCCAAGGAGUGCAAGGUCCUGCGCCGCGUCGCCGCCCAGGGUCGCCCCGGAUUGCCCACGCCUGUGCGGGCCGUCGUGCAGGCGCUGUUGAAGAGCGAGAUUGGGGAUGCCCUGCAGACGCUCGAGGGUAAUGUUGAGGCGUGGAGGCAGAGUGGACGUUGGGCGGACAUGGAGAUGAUGGCCAUGGGCGCGAGUGCCUUUGCGGGCUUGGGGACCACGCAAGAGAAUAUCCAGAAGGCGGUUGGGCUGCUGUGUAAGAUCCAGACGAAUGCGUUUCAUAGAUACGACGCAGAUCUCGGCCAGGUGGGUAUCUUUCUGGAGCCCACACUCGCCAUGGCCAACCACUCCUGCAUCCCGAAUGCCAUGGUGCAAUUCAUCGGGAGAAAAGCAAUCCUCAGGGCAGAGUCGCCGAUUCAAGCUGGGGAUGAGAUUCAAAUUUCUUACACAGACUACACAUAUCCGUUAUCCAAGCGAAGAGAAGCGCUGUCUCCAUACAACUUCACCUGCCAAUGCCCCCGAUGUUCAAGAGACUUGAACAUUUAUCAGGUGUGCGCCCUGUCUCCUAACAUCGACUUGAACCUUGCAAGUCUGGUAUCCGACCUAUCCAAACUCCGACGCCACCCAGCAACCACGAGCGAUAGUAAAGCAGCGCUUGCAAACAAAUACAGUGAGGAUGUGGUCGAAAUAAUUGACUCGAAAGAAACUCCAAGCUUGCUUGAUGAACGCCGAAGAUAUUUGCGAAUCCAAUAUCGAAAAUGCCAGCCGCUUGUCCGCGAAGGGUUUUGGGGUGUGUCGCCGCUGCCCCAGGUGCUGACCGAGAUAUCCAUCUACUAUGCAGAGGAAGGCAAUUUUGUGUACGCCUUGGCCACAGCAUGUUAUGUGGCCACGUUCUGUGACCCAUACCGAUACGUGGCUCCAUUUCAUCCUGUUCGGGCGAAGGGUCUCUUUUUGAUCGGCAAGUUGCUUGCCAACACAGCGGCUGAUACAGCUGCCCUGAGCGCUUCCGUCAAGGCCAUGGUAUCCAAAGGGAAUUUCGACCAGAAAGCCCUUCAGGCUCUGCAAGAAAUUGACCAAGUAUCCUUGUGUCAGAUGUUGCUUCACAUGAUCAUCCAGCAGACACCCGAAGGCUAUGUUGAAGAGUGGGAGCUCUCUGUCUCAGCAAGGGAAAUGCUAAGCGACAUCGACCAGUUGCCGGGCCGGGAUCAGGAACUUUCACUUAUCAAUGCUUGGAGACAAGAUCCAAGCAGUGAUCAGUCCCGUGCAUUUUUCGACUAUGCCGUUCUCAAGCAGAUCGAUGCUCUGGCGAGCCUUGGCCAUGAGAUUUUCAUGACCGACUUUGGCGCGUAG